CAGCGCUUUAACUGAGGUCAUGUUCUCUAUCACGUCCGCAGUUCGUAUUUAUAUAGAGAGUCUCUGUCCGACAGACUCAUAUUCAUCUGAGAAUCUGUCAGAUAAAUAAAUCAGCACCAUGAGUGGAAGAGGCAAAGGCGGAAAGGGACUCGGAAAAGGAGGCGCUAAGCGUCACCGUAAAGUUCUCCGUGAUAACAUCCAGGGAAUCACCAAACCCGCCAUCCGCCGCCUGGCUCGCCGUGGCGGAGUCAAGCGAAUCUCCGGCCUGAUCUACGAGGAGACCCGCGGUGUCCUCAAGGUUUUCCUGGAGAACGUCAUCCGCGACGCCGUCACCUACACCGAGCACGCUAAGAGGAAGACGGUCACCGCCAUGGACGUGGUGUACGCCCUCAAGAGGCAGGGCCGCACCCUGUACGGCUUCGGAGGUUAAACCCUACGUCCCCAACACACAACACAACGGCUCUUUUAAGAGCCACCCACUCAAACCAGAAGACCUCUCAUUCCUCUUCGCUUUCUUCUGACUGCAAACAGGAGUCUACUACUAUAGUACACAUUACUAGGGAAUAUCUUGUAACUACAUAUUUCACUGUUGAUUCUGGGAUCGAUCUCCAGAGAUGAGUGAUGCCUUCAACCAUCCUCCAGACUGAAUUAACCUGGUAGUGUCUCUACUAAAGUGUGAAACUCCUGAUAAAUGUCUGGCCAUUAUAUCUUUUCUUGAUUCGUUGUGUUGAACCAGAUGAAAUCCUUGAAUCUUUGUUCAAAUUGUUAAGUUUUUUUUUUUUUUUUUUUUUUUUUUUUUCCUCUGGCUUCAUGCAUCUGGUUCCUUCAUGUUUUAUAAAUCCAGUAGAAUGUGGGAUGUCUGUUAAAAUGGUUUAAAAUAGCAUUUAAAACAGAACAAUUAUCUACCUGAUUUUUCAUUAUAUUAUGUAUCGGUAUUAUAUAAACAUGGUACAUUACAAAUGUAACAGCUGUACGUUAACAAAAAAAAUUUCUCAGUCUGUAACAUGAAAAUAACAUUAAAAAUGCAUAAUUCAG